CACGACAACUCCGUCCAUUUGGUGAAAAAAACACACGCGCUUCCUUUUCAUUGGUGGAUAUUUCUUUGUCGAAACAAAAGAGUUUCACAUUUUGGCUGGCACUUUCUCUCAUAUAUAUGGUUGCUUCCUUCCACCAUUGCUUCUUCUGCAAGUAGCUUCCUCCAAUCUUGUAUUCAUUUGUUGCCAAAAAUCACACACACCCAUUUGAUAGCUAUAUGCCCAAUGCUUUACUUCCUGAUCUCUUGUGUAUCCUUCAUCCUCCUUUCCAAGUCUUUUACUAACAACCCACUUCCUCCAUGGGAAGGUGAGAUCACUGAGAUGAAACUUUUGUCAAUUUGGUUUUGGGGGGAGUUAUCAAGUUUUCUUGUGUCUUGGAUUAAGGAAAGCAGGGUUGCUAUUAGUUUUUUCCAAGUUUCUAGAUUCAUGCCAUUGAAGAAGAUGAGUCUUAGCUCCAAAGUAGAGAAUGUGGUAGAGGAGAAAGACGACACUUCUCUUUUGGAUUUGCCUGAGUUGGCUUUGGAAUGCAUUCUUGGCCGGCUUUCGCCUGCUGGGUUGUGGAGUAUGUCAGCAGUUUCUACUUCUUUGAGGGAUAGAUGCAGAAGUGAUCAUCUAUGGGAGAAACACAUAAAGCAGAAAUGGGGUAGAGUGAUUGGUGAUGCUGCUUACCGAGAAUGGCAGCAAUGGCAGGCUGCAGCCGCAAGAAAAGGUCCAACACUCUUGGAUCAAGCCAAGGAAAAAGGGUUUUUUGAUUCCCUUUCUGGGCUUUGCCCAUUUUCAUGGUUUAGACCGAAGUCAGAAAGAAUCAACAAGUCAAGGUGUUCUUUACCGGUUGAUUCGAUCAUGGCUUGGUAUCUCUCUCUUGAGGGUGGCAAGCUGUGGUUUCCAGCUCAGGUCUUUAAUCGUGAGAAUGGUCAUGUUGGGUUUAUGCUGUCAUGUUAUGAUGCCCAACUUAGCUAUGAUUUAAGGACCGACACCUUUCGGGCAAGAUACUCCCCCCACGGGCGGCGGACAACAGAGGAAACUAUACAAUGGGAUAGGAUAAGAGCACCCCCAGUUGAUACUCCUCCACAUGUUCUUCAUGUCUCUGAUUGUUUGAAUGACUUGAAGCCCGGAGAUCACAUUGAGAUCCAGUGGAGAAGAAAAAAAGAAUUCCCUUAUGGUUGGUGGUAUGGUGUGGUUGGCCAUUUGGAACCAUGUGAUGGGAAUGAGAAUCACUGCCACUGUCAUCACAGUGACGCGGUGAUAUUGGAGUUCAACCAGUAUAAUCUUGGCUCCCGAUGGAGACGGAUGGUCAUAGACAGGAAGGAUCACCAGGAGGAAGGCAAUGAAGUAGAUGGCUUUUAUGGCGGAAUUAGGAAGCUUUACAACAAGGAGGAGAUUGCAAAGUGGAUGCACCUUUGGCCAACUCAAAUCUUGGAAUAGCAUUCCUCAUGACUGCUUUUGUAAAUUAUUAUACAAUUAUCAUAUAACUAGGAUAACAUGGCAAUGGAAAUCAGCCUUUAGAUCAAUAAGGACGUGUAAAAAAAUAAAAUCAAAGGCUAAUUUUCACUACCACGUCAUUCUAGUUGUAUGGUAGUUGUACAAUAGUCUACUAAACAACAUUUUUCUUUGUAAAUAGGCCCCCUCUAUAGCUGUGAAUAAGGAGAGCUAAUAUUCAUAGGAAUCAUUCCAAGAGAAUGAAGAUUAGGUUGAUUAUUUUUGGUUUUGGCACAUAGAGGCCUUGGGAUGCAAAUAUAAUGUACUAUGUAUAAUGAUAUGAAUUUUGUAAUGAAAAAUAUUACUCAAUAACUCCCUGACUAGCUUUGCUUUC